AUGCAUUUACUCUAUUUGAAUAGACUCCUACUGUACUUUUUAAUUAGUUUUCUUUACUUGAGUUUGUCACCAAAUCAUAGUUUACUUUUGGAAGGUAGGAAAAUUGUAACAUUGAACAAACAACAACCUGUGCAUGUAAUAAACCCUAUACAAAGUGAAAUAACAAACAAUUCAUAUAAAUAUAAAUUAUUAAGAAAACUGAAUUUUCUUUUUUUUAAAAAAAAUGAGAAUAAAUAUGAAAUGAAAAAUUUGGAAAAUGUUCCUCUUUUUGUUGUAACCAACGAAUUUGACGAGGCAAUUUUGUCGUUUAAUGUAGACUAUAAUAAGGAUGAAAAGGAGAGUAAAAAAAAAAAUGAAAAAAGAGAAAACAAGGUUAAUGUAAAACCUAACCUUGACACGAAUUCAAGUUACAAUCACCGUAACGAUUCCCAUGAGGAACAUUCUAUCUCUUGUGGGGACAAUCAACACGACUACACAUUUUUCGAAAAAAGUGACCAUAACAAAGAGGAACUAUUCCCAUUGAUAAAAUUUAAUCAAAACAGAAGAAGAGAAAUAAAUUUAGACAAUGUACACAACUAUAACACCUUUGGAAUUUUUUUUUUUGAUUUGAAAACUGCUGAAGCUUACAAAGAUGACAUUUUACAUUUAUAUAAUAAAAAUCUAAAGGAAAAAAAAAAUAAUAAGCUUUUCUUUGGAACCAAGAUAAAAUUAACCAACUUAAAAUAUUUUCUCCAGCUAAAAGAUUCCCACAGUUCUCGAAUCGAUUUUGUCUUAAUACCUCACUACAACCAAUUACAACAUGUGCUGAAAAAUAAAAAGGUUUUUUAUGGCACCCCUGUAUACUAUAUUAAUAAGAUAAUUCUCCACAAAUCUGUGAUUAAAAAGAGUUUUUAUGAGUUAUUUUUUCCACACAAUUUAAAGAAAAAAGUUCAGGUUGAGUUGUAUCCAAGCGUUUUUUUGACGUACACGCUUCAGAGGGCAGAUGGACAAAGUCUAAAGGAACUGAACGAUGGGACGAAAGAAUAUAAAUUGAUUGAUCGAGAUACUCUCAUCAUACAGCUAGAAACGAAAGACGGGAAAAAAUACAUUCCCAUUUUCUUCUCAUUUGAGCAAGCCUACCAAUUUUACAAAAUUUUUUUAGACAAUUUCAAAAGUCACUUUCACGAAUACUGUCUUCCCAAACCAAACAUCAGUUUAAACUCAUUUGAGAAUUUAUUAACUAUGUUAAAAAUGGCCAAUGAGAAUAAAAUUCAUCCAUUUUAUAACAUUUUUUUUGUACCCAUGACCACCUCCUAUGAUGACAAACUGAUUGAUAAGGAGACUAACAUUUUCAUCUUUUACGCGAAAAAGCUUUUCCAGAGAAUUAAUUAUGACUUGUUCAGGUCGUUCAGAAAAAACAUGAACUAUUUAAUAUCGGAUUAUUUGUACGAUUAG